CGUAAGCUUGGUAGCUGCGUGACAGCUUCUUGAAUUCCUUUGCCACAAGAAGGGAUCGAACGUGUCUCAGUCGAUCGGGACAUGAAAUUGGUCGGAUGAGAUUCCUGCACCAGCCUUGAGCGAGAGUCUAAACGUGCAGGAUGCCACCACCGUCGGACUCUGUCAAGGUGGCCAUCGAAUGGCCUGGGGCCUUUCCCAAGCUGAUGGAAAUAGAUCAGAAAAAGCCAUUGGCCUCAAUCAUACGAGAAGUCUGUGAUGGCUGGACUCUGGUAAACCCUGAAAAUUAUGCUCUGCAGCAUGCAGACAGCAACAACUUUUACAUCACAGAAAAGAACCGUAAUGAAAUAAAAAAUGGAGCGAUCCUUCGAUUAACCCAAUCUCCAUCCCAGGCUGCAGAGGGACUUCACGGGAGGAUCCAGUCAUCCAGCAUGGAUGCUAAGUUGGAAGCAUUGAAGGACCUGGCUAGCUAUUCCCGUGACAUCACCUUUGCGCAAGAAUUCAUUAACCUAGAUGGUAUCUCUCUGCUAACUCAGAUGGUGGAAAGUGGCAAUGAACGCUAUCAGAAAUUGCAGAAGAUAAUGAAGCCCUGCUUUGGAGAUAUGUUGUCGUUUUCUUUAACCGCCUUCGUCGAACUCAUGGAUCAUGGCAUUGUCUCCUGGGAUACGUUCUCAGUAGCUUUCAUCAAGAAGAUAGCAAGUUACGUGAACAAAACUGGCAUGGACGUGUCUGUGUUGCAACGGUCUCUGGCAAUCCUCGAGUCCAUGGUGUUGAACAGCUACGAUCUCUACCAGAAGGUGGCGCAAGAGAUUACUAUUGGCCAGCUGAUCCCACAUCUGCAAGGUACGGAUCCUGACAUUCAGACUUACACAAUUGCUGUGAUUAAUGCACUCUUCCUGAAGGCCCCUGAUGACAAGAGACAGGAAAUGGCAAGCAUCUUGGCACAGAAGCAACUGCGCAACAUCAUUUUAAAUCACGUCAUUCGAGGGAACCGCACCAUUCAGACCGAAAUGGCUCACCAGCUUUACGUCCUCCAAAUACUGACAUUCAAUCUUCUGGAGGACCGAAUGAUGACAAAAAUGGACCCACAAGAUCAAGCUCAAAGGGAUAUCAUAUUUGAACUGCGCAGGAUUGCAUUUGAUGUGGAGUCGGAGCCCAGUAACAGUGGAAGUAUUGAGAAGCGAAAGUCCAUGUACACCAGGGAUUACAAGAAACUUGGCUUCAUUAAUCAUGUGAAUCCGGCGAUGGAUUUUACCGAGACUCCACCAGGAAUGUUGGCUCUUGACAACAUGCUGUACUUUGCCAAGCACCAACAGGAUGCUUACAUUCGGAUUGUUCUGGAAAACAGCAGCCGCGAGGACAAGCACGAGUGCCCAUUCGGCCGCAGCAGCAUCGAGCUCACGAGAAUGCUGUGUGAGAUCCUCCGAGUGGGAGAACUCCCCAGUGACACCUGCAAUGACUUCCACCCCAUGUUUUUCAUCCACGACCGGGCGUUUGAGGAAUUCUUCUGCAUCUGUAUCCAGCUGCUGAACAAGACUUGGAAGGAGAUGAGAGCGACGUCUGAAGACUUCAACAAGGUAAUGCAAGUGGUGAAGGAGCAGAUAAUGAGGGCGCUCAACACCAAGCCUAACUCACUGGAUCAGUUCAAGAGUAAGCUGCAGAACCUGAGUUACACCGAGAUCCUGAAAAUUCGACAGUCCGAGAGAAUGAACCAGGAGGACUUCCAGUCGCGUCCCAUCCUUGAGUUGAGGGAGAAGAUUCAGCCCGAAAUCAUGGAGCUGAUCAAGCAACAGCGGCUGAACCGACUUUGUGAAGGAACCUGCUUCAGGAAGAUCAGCAGCCGACGACGACAAGACAAAUUCUGGUAUUGUCGGCUUUCGCCAAACCACAAGGUCCUGCAUUACGGAGAUUUGGAGGAGAGCCCCCAGGGAGAGGUACCGCAUGAAUCUUUACAGGACAAACUACCAGUGGCAGAUAUCAAAGCCAUCGUGACUGGGAAGGAUUGUCCUCAUAUGAAGGAAAAGGGAGCUCUGAAGCAAAACAAGGAGUUGUUGGAACACGCCUUCUCCAUCCUAUAUGACCCCGACGACUCUUUGAAUUUCAUUGCUCCUGGAAAGCACGAGUACUGCGUGUGGACGGACGGACUGAACGCUCUGCUCGGGAAGGAGAUGAUGAGCGAGCUGACCAAGAAUGACCUGGACACACUCCUCAGCAUGGAGAUGAAACUUCGGCUGCUGGACUUGGAGAAUAUUCAGAUCCCGGAAGCGCCGCCUCCCAUCCCCAAGGAACCCAGCAACUACGACUUUGUUUACGACUGUAACUGACCCCCGCAGCUUGUGAGGUUAAACUGGAUGAGUUAGUAACUGGAGCUAUUAAUACCCCUCUCCCCACCCCCAUAUACCUUCCUGCUAUCCUUUAGCCUCUACUAAUCCCUCAACGAGACCAAAUUGUUUUCUAAUUUCUUGGGCAUUACUUGAUAAAGAUGUCAAUGUUCCAGUGUCAUUGUUGGUGCACUUGAGGCAGUGAGGUGACACAAUGAUAAAUACCACAAUGACCAUCUCCACUCAGUGCCACACCGAGUCUUGCACAUUCCGAGGCUCAACUUGACUUGGCCACAAACUCACAUUCCUGGCACGGGCUCAGCCGUCACAACAAGAUAUCACAAGACUGCCUUCCUUUCACACGCUGGCUGUUAGCAGAGAGCAAGGCAGGGGGAGGGGGAGAGAAUAAGAAGUUGUAACAUGAGAAGAUGAGGCAGAUCUUUAAGAGAGAAUGAAUGAAAAUCGCCACGCUUCCAUUCAAGAAACCAGAAACCAAUUUGUUCUACGUUCUGCUUUUAAUAGUUUGACUUGCGGUCCUUCCUGGGGCCUCCCUCAUGUCGUUGGACCAUUGGCUUUUUCUAGAUCUGCAUUUGCCCUUCUAGAGCCAGCGCACACUGUGGCAUCGUACUGUUGUAAAUCAUUUAUGUGUAUCAUACUGCAACAAAGAGGAACGGUCCAAUGGACACUACACCUACAUACUGCCAGCCUGGCUUUGGCAUUUUGCAGAGGGAGCUAUGUGAUCAGCUGUAGUGAUUUUUGUGAAAUCUGCCAAACAGCCAGUAUUAUAUCAAUAAUACUCCGUUGCAGUGUUAGUGCAUAAUUUACAAGGAAAUAUUUUGUACAAAAGCUAAAAGGCUUUCACCAUUUAGGCUGGUUUAAGUAAUUAUGUAUUUAAUAGGAAAUGCACAUGUCUGUGGUGUUGUGCAGAUAUUCCUUUUAAAGCAUUGAAAUAUCCGAGUUAAAUUGUCCUCUGAAUCUUGCCGUUUACAAUUAAAUAAAAAAGAUUUAUUACAUUA